GACCUGUCUAGAGAUUGUAAACAAACUUUCACGCCAUGAAAAAGGGUUCUUUGUUUUUUCCUUCUCGUUAUGUCAGUUCACACUGUCUUGUCACCUCCUUUGAAAAUUUAAUGUGAAAGAGUGUUAAAUUUUUCUUUGACACGACAAAAAUUGUGAGAGAACAAGAAAUCGGCUCGCCAACUGUGGAUAGAAUUUCCUCUGUUGUAGUUCUUCAAACCGGUCUUGAUCAAUAUGAUUAUUUUCAACCACAAAAGAAAUAUUCAUGAAUAAAUUAUGAAGACAAUUUUAUGCCAGUAAAUGAAAAUGGAGUAUGUAGAAUGUAUGAAAACUGGGUACAACCCUGCCCAUGUUCAAGUGGCUUGUGAUGGAACGUUCAUAGGACUGCCAUUGACAAGAACAACAGUGGGUGUUUGGAAUGUACAAGAUCCCUCUGCUCAGCCAUUGAAACUUGAAGGACACAGGAAGAUUCUUACCAGUUUAGUGCUGGGGAAUGUUUCAAAACCCAAAAGACUGUGUACUGCAGCAGAAGACUACUUGAUUGUGUGGAACAUUCAUCAGGCUCAGGAGAAGGCAGCGAAGGAUGAGCAGAUAAAAGGCGUGAUUAUAGGUACAACACUUGGGUACAUACAACACUGUGCAUUCAGUCCUGAUGAUUCCCUGGUAGCAGCUUGCAAUAAUAACGAUGUUCUAAUUCUACGUUCUGAAAAAUCAGAGGUAAUAGCUGCACUAGAGGGCCACAUGAAUCGAGUCACUUGUGCUGAAUUUUGUCCUCAUUACUCAUCAACUCUAGUCACAAUAUCUGAAGACAGAACAUUCAAGGUCUGGAACAUAGCAGACCUAUCACUGGUCUACCAGUCCACCAUUAUCACUGCCUCCCCAUUCAUCAGCAUGACCAUGAACUUUCACCUACCCCAGGUUGCCAUAGGAACGGCGGAUGGGAUUGUGAGAGUAUUUGACUUGUCUGAUGGAAAAGAUUUUCGAUGUGUUCAUCAAAUUAACAUUGGAAAAAUAAUGGAUAAAUAUCGCCUCAAUAAAGAGCAAGCACUGCCAACACCAAGAUCUUCAAAAGAUGGUCCAGUAACUAUCAGUAGUAAGCCGUCCUAUCAGAGACGAGGAGACGGGGGAGAGCCGAGGGAGGAAGUGUCCGCACAGGACGUGGCAGAGACAGGAUGUGCUGUUCUCGGUCUCUACUUCUCCUGGGUCCCACAGGAUGACAGAGGAAGUUCGGCUCGAUCUGUUGGCUUCCUUCAGAGAGCUAAUACCAUGAUCAGAGACCUCUUCAGUGCUUCUCCCAUGUUGGUGGUUGGUACAACAGGAGCACUUCUUCAAGUAAAUGCCAAGACAAUGGAAGUUAUCCAAUACUUUGAUUUACAAG